UACGGUAUUAGAUAUAUCAGUUGUCCCUAUUCAGAUCGUUUAGUGGGUGUUUAUGUGUUAACGCUGUUUUGUUCUUUGUGCACUUAGACUUUAAAGUUACGGAUCAUUCCACUGUUGAAAUAUGGAGGUAUCCGGCAAGAGACUUCGAAAUUAUUGUAAACCUUGCGAGCAACUUAAGAAAUCGACAUACUCGGAUGGUUUCUGUUCACAAUGCGAAGAAGAAAUGUGUCAGAUAUGUUUUGAUACACACAAACAAUUCAAGCUUAACAGGGAGCAUAGACUUGUACAAUCAGUCGGAGCUGAAUUGAAAACCAAACAAACACCAAAUUUCGAUAAAUGCACUAAACAUCUUAGCGGGGAUAUUAAAUUUUUCUGUCCCGAACAUCGCCAAGUAGGUUGUGGCGAUUGUGUGGUAAUCUCCCAUAAAACCUGUAAAGUAGAGUAUAUACUUGAACACAUCGAUGGAUAUAAAGUCAGUAAAAGGUUUAAAAAGUUAAAAAUUGACACAAAGAAACAUAACCGUGAAGCAAAAACGAUGUUAGGAAACAUCAGGAGCACUAAGGACAAUGUAAAAGAUGUCAACAAAAAGUUUGUUACUGACGUCAAAUUGUUCAGGGAUGAAAUGAUUUCACAUAUCAAAAAACUUGCUGAUUCAAUGCUUAGAAAUGGAGAUGAUAUCAUGGCAGCAGACAUGACAAAAAUCGAAAACCUAGAAAAAGAAAAUGAAAGCAUAGUUGAAGAAACAAAAGGUAUGAGAGACACAUUAAAAUCAGAAGCUGAUCAGCCUUACAAGUUGUUCAUCACUUUCCUGUCGUACAAACAAAAUCUCCAUCUCAUCCGAGACCAGCUAGAAAGAAUCAAAGAGAAUAAUACGAUUGAAACGUACGAGUUCAAGCGUGACAGUACCCUCGAACAGUUGAUGAAAAAUCGUAAUCAAUUAGGAAUUAUACAUAAACCAGAGCAAUCUGAUGCAGCACGUGGAGAAGAAAAAGUACAAACCAACACAAAUACUUUGAGGACAAAGGUUCAAGCUUCGUCAACAAAUCAAAAUCAACAUUUACUUGACAGGCAACUCAUUUGCAAAAAUCUCAACAUCGACGGAGCAUUUAUGAGUUAUUCUGAAAAAGCAAAAGGUGACCUUGGUUUAUUUGUUGACACGAAGAUAGUUGAACAUUUGGACAGUUUUGAAAUCGAGAUUGUAAGCAUUGGCACUAGCGGGUCUAUAGCAAUUGGCGUUGUACCAGAUAGUUAUCCUAAUAGCCUUCUACCGGGUGCAGGAACAAAUUCCUACGCUUUCCAUUCAGAUGGCAAAGUUCAGAAAAAUGGAAGUGCCAGCGAUAUAAAGCAUCGACAAUCGUGGCAAGUGGGAGAUAAAAUCAGUUGUACAAUGUAAGUAAAUUUAUGAAGAUUUCAUUUAUAUUAAAUGACAUUUGUUUGCAAUGGUUUUCGUGAUAAAGAUAAAUGUUUACAUGAAGAAGAUUCAUUCUUACAACAAUUUAGCAGACAGAAAUGUUGUCUUUCUUGUUUGUUUAUAGUGUGAUACUUCGUUUCUGAUAUACCACCAAUUGAUAACUGUUUCAGUGUUAUUGUAUACUAUUCAUUUACAAUCUUAAUAUAUCAAAUAGCACCAAUCGUCCUAUUCUUAUAUGUGAUCUAUGAUCAGUCAUCCGUUUAAAAUCUUAAACAUAAUUAGUCAUCCAAUAUCAAUGUACCAACUAUAGUCAAUACUUUUAUACUAAUAUGUUUACAAUCACAAGUCAUAUAAAUGAAAUAGAUCUACUAGUAUAUCCACAAUAGCUUUAUACCUAAUUAUCACUUUUUUCCUCACACAUCAGCUAA